AAUUUUUGCAACUAAUACACAUUUUAUUCAAUACAAAAUGUUAAAGACAAUGUUUAAAGAAUUGUUAUUUACUUUUUUCUACUUAUCUGUAAUAAAAUGUGAAAACAAUUCUUCUUACAAUGAUCCAUAUGGAAUCGAAUCUUUUAUACUUAGUUACAAAAAUAAAAGUUUACUGAAUAUCUUUAAAAGUUUCGAUUUAUUUGGUCUUAAAAACUCAGUUAAUAUGUCCAAUGAAUGCAUAAAGGCAUUAACUAAUUUUACUGCAUCUCCACCUGGAAAAUAUAUUGAUGCAUUACCAAAACCACAAAAUGUUUUGCUUGGAAACAUGCAGUGGCUAGGCUCUUAUGAUGAAUGCGUUGAUAUUGAGGAUGCUAAGUAUUGUUUGUCUACAAUGAAUAUCUCAUCAUCUCCAUUUCUGGGUGAAAUUGGGAUUUGUAUGCCAAAGCAAUGUACAACUAAAGAUAUUGGUGUCAUUUUAAAUGUAAUAUCUGGAAUUACUCGAAAUGGUGUUAGAUUUCCUCCACCAGUUGUUUGUGAUUCGCCAAUUGAAUAUAAGAAUGGAGCUAUUGUUUCUAUAAUAUUAUGUGGAUUGCUUCUAUUACUAACUGUCUUUGGUACUUUGUUGGAUGGUAAAACUCUACCAAAGCUUAAACAUACUGAACAAGACAAAGUACUCUUAGUUAAUGAUGUUGAGCACCAUGAUCCUUCCAAUAAUAAAAAUGUAAAGACAUUCUUUGAUUGCUUUUCUCUCACUAAAAAUGUUCCAGUGAUCUUAUCCACAGAAACUAAAAAAGGUGCUAUUGAGUCAUUGAAUGGGAUUCGUGUCCUAAGCUUGACAUGGGUUAUUUUAGGUCAUAUGUAUUUUAUACCGAUUCAAUCACAACUGUUUGAUAACCCAUUAUCGUUACUGAAAACUGUUCACAGCUUUAGUUUUCUCAGCAUUGGUAAUGCAUAUGUAUCUGUUGAUACAUUUUUUAUGUUGAGUGGCUUGCUUGUAACUUACUUAAGUUUACGAAGAAUGGAUUUAAACAACGGAAAAUUGCCUCUUUGGAAAUUUUACAUACAUCGAUAUAUCAGGUUAACACCAACAUAUGGUUUUGUAAUUUUAAUUUGGAAUAAUCUGUUUCCGUUAAUUGUAACUGGACCGCAUGGAUUAUUGAUAAGGUAUGGAGAUGGUUUUCAACAGCCAUGCAAUAGUUACUGGUGGUCUAAUCUGCUUUAUAUCAAUAACUUUUAUCCUGAUAAUUUUAUGAAACAAUGUUUGGGCUGGUCAUGGUACUUGGCAAAUGAUAUGCAAUUUUACAUUAUUAGUCCAGCAAUACUUUAUGCAUUAUAUUGGUUUGAAAAAAAAUAUGAAAAAAGAUCAAGUUACUUAUUCUCGUUUCUUUUUUUGGGUGCAAUAACAUCUAUAUCAUUGUUAAGUACAGGUUUAGUUGUUGGCAUUAACGACUAUCCCAGUGUUAUCACUGCUUUAUAUUUACCAAAUAAUCCCAGAAUUUCAAGUGCAGCAGGCUUUCAAAAUAAAGUUUAUGAAAAGCCACACACAAGGUUUGCUCCUUAUGCUAUAGGAAUGCUUCUUGGAUAUAUCAUUUCCAGAAAUAUUUUAGUUAGAGAAAAGAAAGCAAAGAAGAUUUUCUUCAGUCUUGGUUGGUUGUUAUCUAUUGCAACAGGUCUUGCUGUUGUAUAUGGUGUUUGGGGUGUAUUUAAAUCUGAUGGUCAUUUUUUUAAUGGUGGAGAAAAUGUUAUAUAUGGUACUUUUCAUAGGGUAGCUUGGGCCUGUGCUGUGGCAUGGGUAGUCUAUGCAUGUCAUAAUAAUGCUGGAGGAUUGAUUAAUAAGUUUUUAUCAUGGAAGUUUUGGAUUCCGUUAAGUAGACUGUCUUUUAAUGCAUAUCUGAUACAUCUGGCUGUCAUUAUCUAUUUUUACAAUAUCCAAGGAAAUGGAAUUCAUUAUCAAGCAAACAUGAUGGCAUUCAACUUUGUGUCAGUUACAGUCAUCUCUUAUGCCUGUGCUUUUGUAUUAGCGGUGUGUGUCGAAUACCCUGUGUUUAAUAUAGAGAGCAUGUUUUUUGAAUUAUAAAGCCGUGGCGUAGUGGUUAGAGUUCUGACUCAGAACCAAGAGGUUCCAGGUUUGACGCCAGCUUUAGCCUAACAAGCGACAUUGGUACGGAAGGAGGUGUGAACUUCUUGUUAAAUGCUCUCCCACGGUGCUCUAUGAUAAGACCGUAAGGACUUCUGGGAGCACCUAAAAUAACUACAAAAAAAAAAA